GUAAAAUUGAAAAAUUAAAUGCACCAGCUUUGAAGUCUGCUAAAACCUAGUGACUAUGGCUGCAUCCUCUGAGGCCGUAGGAGCUGUUAGACAAGAGAUCACCAGUCCAGGACCUCUCCAUAUGUCAGAUCUUGACAUGAGCCCUACUGGACCUCCAGUGCCACUACCCAGAUUACUAGAGCCUCUCAAGCAACCCAAGAAGAAGAGAAAGAAGAGGAAAAGGGGAGAGCCCCUCUCAUUAUCAGAGCAGCCCCCCGAGUCGUUGCUAGGCGAUGCUUUGAGAAACCAGCUGCGAUCACGUCUCGACCCAAUCUAUAAUCCACCUCCUGCGCAAACUAAGGGUGUGACCACACCCACUCUGGGCUCGGACAGUGAGAGGGAGCAUGGUAUGAGGGAGGAGGGGCUACUGUCGGAGGGAACAGCUGAGGAAGACCUGCCCACCCAUGCACAGACAACUGAGGACGGUAAGAAUAAGGGACCCCCUGGUGUGAGACAGCUGCCUGCCCUCCCCCCUGACACAGAGGACCCCCCACAGUCGUCAUUAGCAGACCAGCUGGCCAGUGGGCGUAUCACAGACACCAUCGAACCAAUGAAUGGUAUCCAGGCAUACUUGUCCGAGGAAGAUGUUGUUGAUGUGACGGCCGAAGAUCAUGUAACCCAAACUUUCACCCUCCCACACCCUCACCACGCCCACACAACUCACGAUGAUGAUGUCAUAUUUGUAGAAAGAAGAGAUGGGCGUGGCUUUGUAGCCCAAAGACGAGGGCAGUCAGAUCCCUCACUGAGGAAGGGGGCGGGGCUAGCUUGGAUGGACCGAGAAGUGACUAGUGGACAAGUCACCCUAUUUGUUCAUAGUCAGGUACAGAAGGUCUCACUUUCUGCCCAUGGUUUGUUAGCUGGCCUGGCUCUGUGGGACUGCGUGGUGGUCCAUGUCCUGGCUGGACAGACUGACCGUCAUGUCUCCUUACUCACAGCAUAUAACUCACUAUCUCUACCCGUCCAUGCCGUGUAUCUCUUCCUCCUGCUCCUAGUCACCGUAUCCCUCUGUGACAGACUUGACUUGGCUCGUAUUGACAGACUGUGUCUGAAGAGCUUCAUUUAUCCCUCGCAACUUUUUGUCUUCAUCGCUCUCCUGCUGGUGCUGCUGGCUCUAGUGCUGACACUGAGUCUGACAGCCAUUGAUGAGAGGAUCUCUCUGUACCCACUACUACCAACACUGUGGUUGGAUAUUCUGGAGGCUGUGAAUGCGUCCUCGUCUCCAUUGUCUGCCACCCACACAGUAGAGGGUGUGGUCUACAUCCCGUCCUCUCCUAGUCCUGAGAGCAGUCUGGUGACUUCCUGGUUGAGUGUGGUCACUGUGAGGGCCGUGCUCUGUAUAGGCAGCUGGCUGUUGACCGUCUGGGUUACUAGAACUGACAGACUGCAAGAUUAUCUCAGGAAUAUUGAAUCUGACGACACAAGAAAAGUCGGCUGAAUAGACUCCAAUAAACUUAAUUGCGUAAUUGCAUUUUCCAGUUAUCACUUAUAACUCUCCGUAUUAACCACACAAAUGAUUAUAUUCUCAACAUUUACUUUAUAUAACAUAAUUAUCUGUUCCAUAUAAUAUUUCAUUACCAG